AUGAGCUCUCACGGGCUGGGACGCACCAAUUCAUAUAGCGGCCAAAAGAAAGAUAAGCAAUGGUGGUUCAAGAAAGUGGACGGCUGCACCGGGGCAUUCACGCGACGAAUGAAAGAUCUCACCCAGGAGUGGCUUCAAAUGAACUCAACAAAUGGGCAGGCAAUCUACGUAGACCGAGAGCUAUUGCAUGGCUCGGAAACGAUCGAGCGACUUCUUGAAGAAAAAUGCCACAAUGAGUCUGGCUCUACAAAACCUUUGCUGUUCAAAUCUACUGACCAUCUAACGACAUUUGACGUCCCAUUCGCUACACCAGCACUUGUGACGUUUCUCGAGUUUUUGGUGGCUAAACGCGAAACAGAUCAUUUCACUCCAAAUGGAACGCUCCGGGCCGAGGAAUGCUCAGAAAUGUUUAAGAUUGCUUCAUACUUUGCCAUGUCUUGGUGUUUCAAAGAGAUAACUGAGCAAUUCGGGCAAUAUUUGCAGGGAGGUGAUAUGCAACAGAUUAGCCGUUGGCUUGGAAUCAAUCGGGAUGAGGCAUCGCAAGGUUUUUCCGAAAAAAUGUUAGAUCAAAUUUAUCGUGAGGGACUCUUUGAUGCUCAAGAUCAAGCGACUGAUGUCAAACUGGCCCGUUUCUAUCCAGGACACGCCUUUCCACCAAGGAACAAGGCCACACCUAAGGCGCCA